CAUAAUAGGAAUAAAUGAAGAUAAGAAAGGGGCACCAAAGUCAUCCAAAACAUAUAAAAAGUUCUUAAUUUGAUAAACUAUUAUUAGUCGAAUAAGUGUGAAGUGGAGUAAAAAAAUUUUAAUUAGAUAAUAUUUUUUGAAAGGUGCCACUAAAAUGAAUAUCAAAGCGUUUUCUGCAAUUUUGUGCGUCUUUCUUGGCUGUUGUAGUAAUGUAGUGUUUUUGGAAUAUCUAGUAAAAGAGGAUCCUGGUUCUGGAAAUUUAGUAACAUUUUCACAGUUUCUAUUCAUUGCUGUUGAAGGUCUCGUCCAUACUAUUAUGACUCGGAAUCUGACGCCGAAAAUACCUUUGAAAAACUAUUCCCUCCUUGUACUUAUGUUUUUUGUAACGAGUGUGGCUAAUAACUUUGCGUUUGAUUUUAAUAUACCUAUGCCGUUGCACAUGAUAUUUAGAGCGGGAUCUCUAAUUGCCAAUAUGGUAAUGGGAAUACUUAUUUUAAAUAAGAAAUAUGUAUUAUCAAAAUAUUUGUCAGUUCUAAUGAUAACGGCGGGUAUUGUUUUGUGCACAAUAAUUUCGGGAAGUGACGUGCAAAAAACAACCGUGGCCACAUCAACCGAAAAUAUGAAUAUUGCAUAUUCUGAUUUCUUUAUAUGGGUACUUGGAAUUGGAUUACUUUCCAUUGCAUUGUUCAUAUCGGCGUAUAUGGGCAUUUGUCAGGAGACGCUUUAUAAAAGAUUUGGCAAACAUCCUGAGGAAGCGCUUUUUUACACUCACUUAAUUCCACUACCAGGUUUUGUUUUUAUAUACAAAAACAUAAAGGAACAUUUCAACAUAGCCUUAUCUAGUCAAUCAAUAACAUUGCCAAUGCUAUCGAUAAUAGGAUUAAAGAUAGAAAUUCCUCAAAUGAUAUUUUAUUUGAUUUGCAAUGUUAUUACACAGUAUCUCUGUAUAAGUUCGGUGUAUGUUUUAACAACCGAGUGUGCCUCUUUAACAGUUACACUCGUAGUAACAUUGAGAAAAUUCGUAUCAUUACUUUUUUCCAUACUAUAUUUCAAAAACUCAUUCACAAUUUAUCAUUGGAUUGGUACAGGGCUUGUGUUCUUUGGGACGAUAAUUUUUACAGAAGUACUUCCACGCAUUACGGAGCACAUGCAAAUUCGAAAACACAAACAGGAAUGAAUAGACUCAAGAUGUAGCUGUAUAUUUGCUAUAUAAGUUUAUAAGUUAAAUUGUAAAUAUCUUGUAUAUAAAUUAGAAACGAUUAACUUAUACAUAAAUGUAAUGUGUAUUUUUUAAUUCCAUGAGAAGUACACAACUUUAUAUUCACCUACUGGGAGAGCUUUCGAUAUUCAAUGUUUUAGCUGUGGAAAUGCUUUUACAUUUACAUAUCGGAGCAAAUAAGGUGCCUAAAUGUGUAUGAAAUAUUGAAAUUGAAAAUAAAAUAAAGAAUUACAAAUAUCAUAUCCAAUUUUAACAUA